CCGACGUGCCUCGAAUGUAAUAGGGCAGCUCACGUGAUUAAAUACCCGGUCACGUGACCGUAAAUUGAGCCAAAAUGGCGGCGAAUGGAGGAGAAGCUGGCGCUCCAAGUGACACUAGCGAAGACCUUUUUCAGGCUUUUUAUUCAGAGGUGAAACAAAUUGAGAAGAGAGACUCUGUUUUCACCCCAAAACAGCAGAUAGAGAGGUUGCUAAGACCCGGGGCGUCUUAUUUUAACCUGAAUCCAUUCGAGGUGUUGCAGAUCGACCCAGACGCAACAGAUGAAGAGAUAAAGAAGCGGUUUCGGCAGCUGUCAUUCCUGGUUCAUCCUGACAAGAACCAGGAUGAUGCAGACAGGGCUCAGAAAGCUUUUGAAGCUGUGGAUAAGGCAUACCGUUUACUCCUGGAUCCUGAGCAGAAGAAGCGUGCUGUCGACGUGAUCCAUGCAGGAAAGGAGUACAUCGAGCACAUGAUGAGUCAGAAGCGAAAGCAACUGAAGAAAGAGGGAAAGUCCACAGUGCUGGAGGAAGACGACCCCGAAGUGUUUAAGCAGGCUGUCUACAAGCAGACGAUGAAGUUGUUUGCAGAGCUGGAGAUCAAGAGGAAGGAAAGAGACGCUAAGGAGAUGCAUGAGAGGAAGAGACAGCGGGAGGAGGAGAUCGAGACGCAGGAGAAGGCGAAGAGAGAGAGGGAGUGGCAGAAGCACUUUGAGGAAUCGCGGGAUGGCCGAGUGGACAGCUGGAGAAACUUCCAGGCCAAAGGCAAGACCAAGAAGGAGAAGAGUACCCGAACCUUCCUAAAGCCACCCAAAGUGAAGAUGGAGCAGAGGGAGUGACUUCCAGGCCUGGGGUUGGUGCGGG